AAUAAUAUUAUAAUUUAUGUAAUCUAAUCAAACACCGAUUCCUGGAUCAGUAGAAAUCAUAAAAGGUAGUGAUAUUGAUUUAUAUGAAUAUUUUAGAUAAACUUUAUUGGAUUUCAGAUAGAUAAGCUCCUCGAAAUCAACCAAAUGCUUUUUAUUUCUGUAUUGAUUAGGUAUAAUAUAUCUCUUAAUAUGUUAAGGAUCUUGUAUAUGAACCAUUUUUUGCUGAUUUUGGUCCAUUAAAUUUGGGUCAUACUUAUCGAUUUGUAACAGAAUUAGAAAAAUUGCUUAGUGAUAAGACAUAUUAGCAAUAUGCUAUUUAUCAUUAUACAAGUUUAGAUAGUGCAAAAAGAGCUAAUGCUGCUUAUUUAAUGGGUGCAUUCUAAGUUAUAAUACUUAAAUUGAGUGCAGAUGAAGCAUGGAAACCUUUUCUAAAUGUGAAACCAGCAUUCUAGGAUUUCAGAGAUGCAAGUUAUGGAUAAUGCACUUAUAAAUGCACUGUAGAUAUAAUAUUAUAGUUAAGAUCCUUCAUUGUUUGAGAGGACUUGAAUAUGCUAUAAAAUUGAAGUGGUUUGAUGUUAGAAAGUUCAAUCUUAGAGAUUAUGAAUUUUAUGAAAGAGUAGAUAAUGGAGAUCUUAAUUGGAUUAUUCCAAAUAAAUUUAUAGCCUUUUCUGGACCAUCUGCAACUUCAAAGGAUGCAGAUGGAGUAUAUUAAUAUCAUUAUAAUUAUUAGAAUCGUACAUUUACUCCAGAAGAAUAUGUUCCUAUAUUCAAAUAAUUUGGAGUGACUUGUGUUGUGAGAUUAAACAAAAAAGCUUAUGAAGAAUAAAGAUUUAUUAAAAAUGGAAUUAAACAUGAAGAAAUUUAUUUUCUUGAUGGUUCUGUUCCAGGAGAUGAUAAAAUUUUGAGAUUUUUAGAAAUCGCCGAAAGAGAAAAUGCUGUUGCUGUUCAUUGUAAAGCAGGAUUAGGUCGUACAGGUACAUUGAUAGCUGCCUUUGCAAUUAAACAUUAUAGGUUAUAUAUUAUAUUUUAUUAUUUUUAAGAUUUCCAGCUCCAGAUUUUAUAGGAUGGAUUCGUAUAUGCAGACCCGGUAGUAUUUUAGGUCCAUAAUAGAUCUUUUUAUUGGUAAGUUUAUUUAUGAAUAAUUUAUUUAAGCAAAAACAAAAUUGGUUAAUAAGUUUAGGAAAAGAUUCACCAAUAUGGAAUUAAGUAAAAUAAAUUGCAGCUGAAGUCAAUAUAGAAAAGAGAUUAAAAGAUUUGCAAUUAGGACCUAUGAGUGAAGGUAAUUAAAUAAAUUUAAUUAAUUCUAAUAGCUGAUAAGAAUAAAGCAGAGAAAGGUGAUUAAGAUUAAGCAUAGACAUUAAAUAAAGCAAAAUAAAUGAAGUAAAAAAGAUUUCAUCUAUAUUCAGUUAAGCUUCCCCAGGGACUAAAAAAUGAAAAAGAUAAUUUGUUAUUUUAUAAAAAUAAUCUAUC